AUGAAGACAACUAUUAUUUUGGCCAUUUUUGCUGCACUCUGUGUUAUAUCAUCAUUAGAUGCUAAACGUUUAUUUUAUGAUAAUGAUAAUGAUAUGGAAUUAACAGAUAAGAGAGCUCGUAUGUUUCUUCGUUCAAUGAUGGGUGAUGAUGAUGAUGAUGAUUUAACAGCAUUUGAUAGACGUGAACUUCAUACCGCUGGCAAGAAUUGUGUUAAAUGUAAAUUUGGAAUAAACCCUUGUUGUGCACCGAACGUCUGUGUUAAAAAAAGUUUUCGUCCAGAUGAAUGUAUGGAAAUUAAAACAGGCAAAUAA